CCUCUGAAACCGAAUACUCUUACCUUGUACGCGAAGACGCAAACAAAUUUUGUGUUUCUUCUCUAGAAAUCGCAAUGAAACCCUAAAAAUGCAGAUUAGGUAAUUAUCAAUUUGAUUAAUUCCUUUUAUUUAUUUAUAAUAUCAUUGGUCGUAAUUAAUGAUGAUUAUACAUUUACAAGUAACUUCUUCAUCUUGAGAAGACAUAGCACAACUCUUACGUUUCUGAUUUCGAAUUAGUUUCAAUAAUUCAUUAUUUUUGCAAUUUAGAAUUUUAAUAACGUAGUAUUUAUGAAGCCCUAAAUUUAUUAUAUGUAAAAUAUAAUUAAGCUUAUUAUUAUUAGAGGAAGAAGAAGGGAUUUUGAUGUGUAUGUGGAAAGUUUUUGAUUCGUUUCAAUGAGUUGAAAAGGUUAAAGAAAAUGGAGAGGAAUGAAGAUGUGGUGGCCGACGAUGAUGGGAUACCAUCACCAUCUAAGGUUAUACAUCAUCAGGAAAAUGUUGAUGGGUUGUCUAGGGAUUUAAAGCAGAUUUCUGAGGGGAAUGAUGAUUGCCUGUUGUUGCCAUCUGUGAAUUUGAAAAUGAGUCCCGAGGUUGAUGAUAAAGAAGCAUCACCUCCCAAGGAUUUAGAACAGAUAUCUGAGGUAAAGGAUGAUUGCCUGUUGUCAGCUUCUGAGGGCUUGGAACAUAUGCCUCAUGCGAGUCAUGCCAAUGAUACUUCAACAUUUAAAGGUUUGGAUAUGACUUCUGAGGUGAAUGCUGAUUAUCCGACUUCACCAUCUAAGGAUUUGGAAUUGAGUUCUGAGGUGAAUGACGAUGAUAUGGCAACAUCGCCACCUAAGAAUUUUGAACUAAUUCACCAUCGCUCGAAUUCCUUAGAUUCACCAUCUAAGGAAUUAGAAGUCGUUUUUGAGCUAAAUGAUGAAAGGAUUUCGCCAUUAAAGGAAUUACAACUGGUUUCUGAGACGAAUGAUGAUCGCCUGACUUCACCAUCUAGCAACUCAAAGCAGAUUUUUGUGGUGAAUGCUGAUCACUUGACGGCACAUUUUGAACAGGGUUUUGAGGUGAAUCGUGAUGGAUCAAAAUCGUCCUCGCAUGUUGGAAUUCAGAAUUUGGUGGAGAAUGUCGACGGAUCAUCGACGUCACCGACUAAGGUGUUGAAUCAAAUUUCCAAGACUAAUGAUGACGAGCCACCAUCUUCACCCUCUAAAGAUUUGCAGCAAGAGCAACUCAGUGAUGGCCGGCAACAAUCUCCACCGAAGGUGUUACAUGAUGGGCCACCAUUACCAUCCAAGGUUUCACAUCAAAUUUCUGAGGAAAACGUUGACGUGACUUCACCACAAGAAACCAUUAGUACUGUUUAUACAGGGAGUUCAAACAUGCCACCUAUUGCCCCACCAGGGCACCGGCGUGUUAAAAGUGAAGCAGUAACACCCGGGCAUAGACGCAGUAAUAGUUUUCAAAAAUUGAAGACUCAGAUACAAAAGACUUGGCAAUGGGGUGGCAGUCAGGAGGGAAAUCGAGGGCCCUGGUUUUUUAAUCCCGAGGUCUUGGCUAACCAAAAGCGGCAGUGGUAUAAGCUUCACUCGAGAAUGGCUAGCCCCAAAUAUACCGAGCCCACCUUGCUAUUCGAGCACUUCAUUGUGGUGGGUCUUCAUUCAGGUUCUAACCUUGACGCAGUGGAGGAAUCUUUUGCCAAAAGAAGCACAAAGGAGUUAGAGAUGCAGAGGUCUGAGAGGCUGGACUACAAAAUGCUUCAACAUCGAGGUCCUUCAAUUCCAACUUUGGAACCCGAGCUCCUGUUUAAGUAUCCUCCUAGGAAGAGGUUAGCCGUGCGUCCAAAGGAUUUGACUGCUUUCUGUUUUCCUGAAGGUGUUAAGGCUCGCUUAAUGGAGAGGACCCCAUCAUUGAGUGAUUUAAACAGCGUCGUGUAUGGACAGGAGCAUCUUGGGAGAGAUGAUAUGUCGUUUAUUUUCUCCGUCAAGGUAGCAGAUAAUGCAACCGUUUUUGGUGUUUGCUUACACGUACAAGAAAUUGUUCAGAGGCCACCCGUUGGUGUUGCCACUCCACCUUCUCUAUCAUCUGGGCGGCUAUGCCAGUUUUUGGUUUCCGCUCCUCGGUGUUAUUGCCUACUGACUAGAGUUCCGUUUUUUGAUUUACACUAUGAGAUGUUGAACAGUAUCAUUACACAGGAACGCCUGAAUAGGAUAACAGAGUUUGUUAGUGAAGUUGCUCUCACAGAUCAUACUGCGUCAGUCCUGAAAUCUCAUAACAAAAUAAAUGAGAACAAUGUGUCUCGUGAUAGUGAUUCUAAUGCUGAUUGGAAGGCUUCUGCUAUACCUCUCGACAGUGCAGUCGCCCUUACUGCAGCUGCAGCGGGGAUUAUAUCUGAUGAGGAUGUUCCAACCUUUUCAGUCAGUUUUUCUGAAACUCCUGAAAGUGUUUCUGCUACUGAGGCUUUGGAUAUCCGUCAGAAAAGAGAAGUAGAUGCUGCCAACGAAAAAAACCUGCAGGACUUUGAUGGUUUUGAAUCCGAGACUUCAGAAACCCGGUGUGGUGAACACGAGAGAGUGAACGGAAAUUAUGUAAGUGGCCAGACUUCACCAGAGGUUGGGUCUUUUUUUCUCCCUAGGAGCUGUACAAUGGAUCGUGCUGCAAGCUCUGAAUCUUUAUACAGUUCAGUAAGAAGCAUGGGAUCUGAGGAUGAAUAUGAGGAUGUUGACUCUGAGAAUGAUAGGAAUGGAGGGGAUGAUGUGGUAAUGAAUUGGGCCAGGGAACACCGGAACGACUUGUUGCAGAUUAUUUGUGGGUAUCAUUCCCUGCCUCUUCCACCUCGAGGAAGUGAAACAACUUUUCAGCCACUAGAACAUCUACAGGCUAUCAAGUAUAGACGGCCAGCAAUUUCUGAACUAGGGGUUUGCGAAGAUUGCCCUGAUAUAAAACUUCAGGAAAUAUUAGGUGGUGAGGUCAAUGUAAAGCUAGCUGCUGCUGAGGAAGCUUAUGGGUUAUCUAUAUGGACUACAGCAACUGUUUGCCGCGUUCUUUCACUUGAAAGUGUUCUGGCAUUAUUUACUGGAGUAUUGCUGGAAAAACAAGUAGUGGUGGUAUGUCCAAAUUUGGGUGUGCUGUCAGCUGUUGUCUUGUCACUUAUUCCGAUGAUUCGUCCUUUUGAAUGGCAAAGUUUAAUGCUUCCAGUUCUGCCUAAGAACAUGCUUGAUUUUAUCGAUGCACCAGUCCCGUUCAUUGUUGGCAUACAACACAAACCAGCUGACCUGAAGAUGAAAACAUCCGACCAUAUCAAUGUGAAUGUGUACAAGGACCAGGUGAAGAAAAUGUGUUACAUGCCGCCACUUCCUCGACAUAGGGAGCUUAUUGCUGAGCUGGGCCCGAUCCAUGCUAGACUGUCAUGUCAUAACUCUAUAGCUGAAAGGCAUCCCGUAUAUAGGUGUAAUGAAGUGCAGGCUGAAGCUGCUGGGCAAUUUUUGACUGUCAUGAGGCGUUACUUGGAGUCUCUUUGUGCAGAUUUCCUCUUUCAUACAAUAACAAGUGUACAGUCGAACAAUGAUAGGGUUUCCCUGCUUCUCAAAGAGAGUUUUAUUGACUCCUUUCCUAGUAGGGACCGCCCCUUUAUCAAGCUAUUUGUGGACACCCAGCAGUUCUCUGUUUUAUCAGAUUCUCGACUCACCUGUUUUGAGCAUGACCAUGAGUAGUAGGUUUGGAAGCAAAAUUCUUUAGGUUUCUGCAUACCACUUCAGAGCUUUUGAAUAUCAGCAAGCUGAAUGUUUUGAAAAUAAGAGAUAAUGAACGAUAACAAGUUUCAAAAGAAAGGCCUCAUCGGCAAGAUCGUAGGCAUCGUGAUUAAGGAAAAUAGGCAACUUCAGUGAUUGUCCAUCUAUACCAAUCUCGCCUUCAGCAAAGCUAUUAACUCCAGAGAGAUGACAGCUGCGAAGUUGUAGGCUCUCAUUAACCAUAGAUCUUCACACACUCCUUUUCAGGAUGUGAUUUUUUUUCUUCUUUUCCUUGCCUCUCAAGCUGCCUUACAAGUUACGACCCACCAUAUAAUUGUAAAUUUGUAACCCCAAUAAACAUGGAUUAAGCAGUUGCUGCUAGUCCCAAAAAAAGAUACUUAUGAUUGUGCUUGCAAUUGAUGUUAGUAUAUAUCAUGUAAUUCUAGCAGUUCCGAACA